AUGAUCAUGUUGAUUUUCAUGUCUUUCAACUGGUGGUUGAUGAUAAGCGUUGCUGUUGGCGCAGGCCUCGGUCACUACGUAUGGGGCUCGAGAAUUAGUGGAAGCUCACAAAGCUUGGCCUGUCAUUGA